AUGUCGCUCUACCACGAGGCGGCAGGCAUUCUGUCGGGGCCGUCGUCGCACGGCGGGAGUCUGAAGUCGCGCGUCUUUGGCAACAAGGACAAGGACAAGGACAAGGAGCUUAAGUCGCCGCCUGCAGCUGUCUACGCCCUGGCCCUCGAGUCGUCCAAAUGGAGCCCCGUGCUCAAGGAGGUCAUUGAGAGUGCCCAGCUGCUGCAGAAGGAACGCAAGCUCACCCCCGUCCUCGCCGUCCUGCUCGUCCACGACUUCCUCGUCGCCAAGGGCGGCAUCGCGCUGCCGCAGACCCAUGGCCUGCGCGCCGCCGUCGAGCGCCACAAGGCCCGGCUGACGUCCGAGUUCACGCGCGCCCGCCUGCGCCGGAAGUGCUCCUCGGUCGACGCCCUGCGCCACCUGGUCGAGGCCGACGCCCGCACCGGGCCCGUCCACCCCCGCUGGAUCCGCGUUAAUACGCUCAAGACCACCGUCGACGACCAGCUCGAGACCACCUUUGUCGGCUGGGACGUCGUGCCCACCGUCCAGGACGUCAUCCGCGCCGCCACCGAGUCUCCCCCCAAGAGGGUCCUCUGUCUGGACGGCCACAUCCCCAACCUGAUCGCCGUGCCCCCGGGCCCCGUCUUCGACUUCGCCAAGGCCGACGCCUACAAGACGGGCGCCCUCAUCCUGCAAGACAAGGCCUCGUGCUUUCCGGCCUACCUGCUCGACCCCCGUCCCGAGGAGGGUGACAUCAUCGACGCCUGCGCCGCCCCUGGCAACAAGACGACACACCUCGCCGCCAUCCUCGCCGAGCGCGGCGCCUUUGGGUCAGAAUCAGCGCCUGCUGGUGCCAGUGCACCGCGGCAGAACAAAAAGAAGCAGAAGCAAAGGCAAAAGAUACAAGGGCAGAGCGAGCAGUCAACCAUCUUCGCCUUCGAAAAGGACAAGCACCGCGCGCAGACGCUCGACAGCAUGGUGAAGCUGGCGGGGUCCGACGGCGUCACCAUCGUGCACCCGGGGCACGACUUCCUCAAGGCCGACCCGGCCGCCGCGCAGUUCCGCAACGUGCGCGCCCUGCUGCUGGACCCCAGCUGCUCGGGCAGCGGCAUCGUCGGCCGCGACGACGCCCCGGAGCUGUACCUGCCCGCCGACGCGUCUGCCCCCAACCCCACUACUCCCACAGGAACGAAAGAGAAAUACAACAAGAAGCGCAAGCGCCCCCAAGCCAGCACCCCUAAUGACGAGAACAGCAGCAAGCCGCUGCCGCAGCUCGUCGGCGACGACGGCGAGACGUUCACCGUGCUCUCGUCCGACGCCGAGCUGCGCGCGCGCAUCGCCGCGCUGGCCGCCUUCCAGCUCUCCCUACUACAACACGCCUUUUCUUUCCCCGCCGCCCGCCGCGUCACCUACUCAACGUGCUCUAUACAUGCGGGCGAGAACGAGCACGUCGUGCUCGCGGCGCUCGCGUCGCCCGCUGCGCGUACCGAUGGGUGGCGUCUCUUGGCGCGCGCCGACCAGCCCCGCGGCAUGCGCGACUGGCCCGUCCGCGGCGAUGCCGCUGCGUGUGCCGGUGACGAGGCUGUGGCCGAUGCGUGCGUGCGUGCGAACCGUGAUGAUGGGAGGGGUGUGAUGGGGUUUUUCGUCGCGGCGUUUGUGAGGGAUGCGUUGGGUCUGGAUGGAGAGAAGAAGGAGGGGGAGGGGGAGGACGGCCCGUUCGUGCGUGACGAUGACGGACGGAUUGUCCGCGACCAGCACGGUAUCCCCACUCUCAAGGCUACAGGCGACAAGGCCGUGACUGUCGAUGAGUUUUAUGGCGUCGAGGAUGACGAUGAGGAUGAUGACAGCAGUGAUAGCGACAGCGACGAUAGCGACAGCGGUAGUGAUGAGGAUGAGGGGGAAGAGGACUCCGAUGGCCCGUUCGCGAGAGACGCCCACGGCCGGGUUAUCAGGGACGGCGCGGGCUUGCCGACGCUCAAGUCUACGGGGAGAACAGUGCAGCUUGGUGGUGGUGGCGGUGCGGAUGAGUGGGGUGGUUUCGAGGACUGA